UCGGCGAGCGCGCGGGGCGCGGGGACCGGGAAGGGCGGCGGGGCGGGCGACGGGGUGCGGGGACUGCCGCGCCCCGGAGCCUCAGCGGGCCCGGCGCCACCUCUCGUUCGCUGCGGCUGCAGCCUGGGCAGCCAUCCCCGGAAGCUUCUCGGGUGGAAGAAGGGCCAGACAGCUUCCCAAACCUUCCCGGAGGCUGACACCAGCUCCGGCUCCGCGUCAGGCGGCGGGGAGAAGCCCACCACCGGGUCGGCAGACGCACAGAGCCGCCCAACAACCCAUUGGGCCUCCUCGUGGGUGAGGGCUCAACGCAUUGGCUAAGAUGAGGGACCGAACGGACCAGGAGCGAAACAGCCCCAAAAGAGCUUCCCUAGCGGAGGCGUGCAAGAGGCGAGGCUGGAGACGGACGCCCGGAGGAGUCUGUGGAGUUGGGCAGCGCAAGCUUCCUGGAACCCGUGACCCAUGAAGUCUUGUCAACAUCCACAGCAUCCAAGCAUAGCAGCAAUGAAGUAGAAGCAGCAGAGAAGAGUGAGCCAGGAGACUGAAGUACUCUUUGAGUGACUGCAGUGGCUUAUGGGACGUUGGCUUCAGUGCCUUUGCAGUACACCAUGCUGCGUGGGAUGUCGGCGACUCCGAGAGGACAGCGGCCCGAGGUCACACUCACGUGCCUUCUCCUGGCCGUGGCAGGCUGCUUUGCUGACCUGAAUGAGGUCCCUCAGGUCACUGUCCAGCCUUCUUCCAUCGUCCAGAAGCUUGGAGGAACUGUGAUCCUGGGAUGCGUGGUGGAACCCCCAUGGAUGAACACCACAUGGCGCCUGAAUGGGCAGGAGCUGAACGGCUCGGAUGAUGCCCUGGGUGUGCUCAUCACGCAAGAGACCCUCGUCAUCCCUGCCCUCAGCAACCACACCAUGGGACGCUACCAGUGUGUGGCCCGGAUGCUUGCAGGGGCCGUGGCCAGCGUGCCAGCCACAGUGACAAUAGCCAAUCUUCAGGACUUCAAGUUAGAUGUGCAGCAUGUGAUUGAAGUUGACGAGGGGAACACAGCAGUUAUUGCCUGCCACCUUCCUGAGAGCCACCCAAAAGCCCAGGUCCGAUAUAGCGUCAAACAAGAGUGGCUGGAGGCAUCCAGAGGUAACUACCUGAUCAUGCCGUCGGGGAAUCUCCAGAUCGUGAACGCCAGCCAGGAGGAUGAGGGAAUGUACAAGUGUGCUGCUUACAACCCAGUGACCCAGGAAGUGAAAACUUCAGGCUCCAGUGACAGGCUGCGUGUGCGCCGCUCUACCGCCGAGGCUGCCCGCAUCAUCUACCCACCUGAGGCCCAGGCCAUCAUCGUCACCAAAGGCCAGAGUCUCAUCCUGGAGUGUGUGGCCAGUGGGAUCCCACCGCCGCGGGUCACCUGGGCCAAGGACGGGUCCAGUGUGGCUGCCUACAACAAGACACGCUUCCUGCUGAGCAACCUCCUCAUCGACACCACCAGUGAGGAGGACUCAGGGACCUACCGCUGCAUGGCCGACAACGGGGUUGGUGAGCCUGGGGCGGCCGUCAUCCUCUACAACGUUCAGGUGUUCGAACCCCCUGAGGUCACCGUGGAGCUCUCCCAGCUGGUCAUCCCAUGGGGCCAGAGCGCCAAGCUCACCUGUGAGGUGCGCGGGAACCCCCCGCCCUCCGUGCUGUGGCUGAGGAAUGCUGUGCCCCUCGCCUCCAGCCAGCGCCUCCGCCUGUCCCACAGGGCCCUGCGGGUGGUCAGUGUGGGGCCUGAGGACGAAGGGGUCUACCAGUGCAUGGCCGAGAAUGAAGUUGGGAGUGCUCAUGCCGUGGUGCAGCUGAGGACCGCCAGGCCAGGCACAACCCUGAGGCCAUGGCAGGACGCUAAGCCGGACACUGCCACACUUCCCACACCACCUUCCAGACCUGGGAGCUCUGACCAGAUGCUGAAGGGGCACCUGGGCCCCUCGGCGUCCGUGCAGCCAGCUUCCCUGCAGUGCGGAGAGAAGGGGCAGGUGGCUCCUGCCGAGGCACCCAUCAUCCUCAGCUCACCCCGGACCUCCAAGACUGACUCGUAUGAGCUGGUGUGGCGGCCCCGGCAUGAGGGCAGCAACCGGGUGCCGAUCCUCUACUAUGUGGUGAAACACCGGAAGGUCACCAACUCCUCUGACAAUUGGAUCAUCUCUGGCAUUCCAGCCAACCAGCACCACCUGACCCUCACCAGACUGGACCCUGGGAGCUUAUAUGAAGUGGAGAUGGCAGCUUACAACUGUGCGGGUGAAGGCCAGACGGCCAUGGUCACCUUCCGAACUGGACGGCGGCCCAAACCUGAAAUCAUGGCCAGCAAGGAGCAGCAGAUCCAAAGGGAUGACCCUGGAGCCAGUCCCCAGAGCAGCAGCCAGCCAGACCACAGCCGCCUCUCCCCCCCAGAAGCUCCAGACAGGCCCACUGUUUCCAUGGCUUCCGAGACAUCCGUGUAUGUGACCUGGAUUCCCCGCGGGAACGGGGGCUUCCCGAUCCAGUCCUUCCGCGUGGAGUGUAAGAAGCUAAAGAAAGUGGGAGACUGGGCUCUGGCCACCAGUGCCAUCCCUCCCUCCCGGCUCUCAGUGGAGGUCACAGGCCUCGAGAAAGGCACCUCCUACAAGUUCCGAGUCCGGGCUCUGAACAUGCUGGGGGAGAGUGAGCCCAGUGCCCCCUCACGGCCCUAUGUGGUGUCGGGCUACAGCAGCCGCGUGUACGAGAGGCCCGUGGCAGGCCCUUACAUCACCUUCACUGACGCCGUCAAUGAGACCACCAUCAUGCUCAAGUGGAUGUAUAUUCCAGCAAGUAAUAACAACACCCCGAUCCAUGGCUUUUACAUCUACUACCGACCCACAGACAGCGACAACGAUAGCGACUACAAGAAGGAUAUGGUGGAAGGAGAUAGAUACUGGCACUCCAUCAGCCACCUGCAGCCAGAGACUUCCUACGACAUUAAGAUGCAGUGCUUCAAUGAAGGAGGAGAGAGUGAGUUCAGCAACGUGAUGAUCUGUGAAACCAAAGCCCGGAAGUCUUCUGGUGAGCCCGGUCGCCUCCCGCCCCCGACAAGGGCCCCCCGUCAGCCACCACCACCUGAGGCUGCAGAGCGGCCGGGAGGCGCGGGGGCCAUGGCAGCGCGCGCCAGCGACCUGCCCUACCUGAUUGUCGGGGUUGUCCUGGGCUCUGUCGUCCUCAUCAUCGUCGCCUUCAUCCCCUUCUGCCUGUGGAGGGCCUGGUCUAAGCAAAAACAUGCAACGGACCUGGCUUUUCCUCGAAGUGCCCUUCUGUCUUCCUCCUGCCAAUACACUAUGGUACCACUCAGAGGACUCCCAGGCCACCAAACCAAUGGGCAGCCCUACGUCAGUGGCACCAGUGGACGGGCCUGCGCCGGUGGGGUGCAUGGGAACAGGGGCUGCCCAGCAGUGGCCAUGGGCUAUGUAGGCAUGAAACCUCAGCAGCAUUGCCCAGGGGUGCCUCAGCAGCAGGAUGACACCCCCAGCCUGCUGAGGCAGACCAUUCUUGGCAGCAGAUAUGACCCUCCCCGUCACCAGAUUCCCAGGAGUCCCAGGUCUAACCCGGAUGAGGGCUCUUUCUUAUAUACACUGCCUCAUGACUCAACCCGCCAGCUGCUCCAGCCCCGCAGGGACUGCCACCGCCUCCAGGAACAGGGUGCUGCCACCGGCCAGCCAGGCAUGAGGGCUGCAACCCAAGGUCCUGGGCUGGAAGCAACGCGGGACCCUCUUUUUCACCCAGGGCCCCCAUGCUGCUUGGGGCUUGCCCCAGUUGAAGAGGUGGACAAUCCUGACUCCUGCCAAGUGGGUGGAGGAGACCGGUGUCCUCAGCGCCGCACAGGGUCCCGUGUAGGGCAGGAACUCUCGAUGCAGCUCUCCCCUGGCCCAUCAGUGCACGUGGCUUUUGAAACACCACCUCCUGCAAUUUAGGCAGAAGCCAGUAGCCCAGAAAGACUAUACAUUAUGGUUUUUAAAAAGAGAAAAUUGGUAUUUAUUUUUCUAUAAUAGCCAUAUUUAUAUAUUUAUGCACUUGUAAAUAAAUGUAUAUGUGUUUUUGUAAUUCUGGAGAGACAUAGGGAAUCCUAGCCAUUGAGGUAUGAGAGGAAACAUAAAGAAGUCACAACAUAACAGAAGUCGCCCGGAAAAGAAGAACCCAGCAGGAGGAGGCAGCCUUCACUUAGAACCCCUUGCCAGCCUCAGAGGCUGCAGAGGCCCAGAGAAGCUUACGAAAGGAAGAAGCCCAGGCACGUUUUUCAUGAUGACUGUGAGGGAAGAGCAAGGGCCACAGGCUGCAGACACCUGUGAAGACGGCUGGAUCUGGUGCUACAGGAAGCGUUUCCAGAAGAUGCCCAUGAGAAUAGAUUAACAUGUGUAUAAUACUAUAAACAUUAACAAACCUUCCAGAAUCAGUUAUCUGUGGCAACAUAUCUCUGUAAAAACAAACACUGUAACUUCUAAAUAAAUGUUUAGUCUUCCCCGUUAACCUUCAACUUAGUCACAUAUGACUCAGCAUUCUCUUUAGCAGUUAGGAUUCAGUUGAAUAUUUGAAGAAAACACCCACUUAACAACAUUUUCAAAUACAUCAAGAGAUAAGAUCUGGAAAAGGUAGUUUUGUCUUUUGAAUACAUUCGUGUCAGUUGUGUUUUUAUUAAUGCAGAAUGCAUGAGUAACUGUUUAGUCCAAGAGGGAGACAGGGUGCAGGAGGCAAGAAGCAACAGAUUCAGACUUCUCUUACUGCCCGAACUUCAAGUAAAGCUCUGGUCAUAGCAAAGGAAUGAAACCGAUCUUUUCUAUAAUAGGUGUGUGUCGAAAACUAAAUAUUUUCUCCAAAAUGCUAUAGGUGAACAUAGGAUACCUGAUGAAAUUCACUUCCCUUCUUUCCAGAGAUACACCAACAUUGCCAGAGGAGUUGACUCACUAGUUGUUUAAAAGCAUUUACUUACACAGGAUCAACCUUUUUAUAUGCAACUGGAAAUAGAUGGAGGCUGCAGCUUGCAACGAAAGCCCUCACACACUUCAACUGUUUUCAGGACGGAAACAGAUUUUCUGGAUCUCAGUAAAGGUGAGUUACAGAUGAAAUGCCACUUGAGACACUUAAUCUUGUUAAGAGUCCUCAUGCCAGACCCCUGGCCUCACAAUCAGGAAUGGAUAAACAAGAUCCCAGGAAAAACUCCAGGAAUGAGUCUUCCAGUCUGGGACAAGUGCUCCCUCUGCUGGCCAGAAGAAGCACAGCGCUCGCUCUUAGGUGGUUCUUUUCUCCACCAACAGCUCCCCUGGGAACAGAACACUCAUUAAGGUGCCGCAUGAUUUCCAGAAAAGCAGUAUUUUAAAAAUAUUUUAAGAAGUAAUAUGACGGAUUUGUAUGAAGCAUGAAAUGAUAGGAAAGGAGAAGCAGAGCAGGGACGCUGUGACUACAGACACCUGGGCACUGGGCCUGGAGGCCUCUUGCUAUGACCCCUGCCUCACUGAGCCAGUCCUGCGCCCUCAGAUCCAGGCGGCAGCUCACCUUUGAGUUCGUUGGCUUUUUAAACACUCUCCCUUUGUUUUCUUCUUGAUUGCAGGUGGUUGACCAAGGGAAUUUUGGUGAACUUUACAGAAAGGAUAUGUUAAAUUGCUUUCUACACAGCACUGGAACUCUUAACACUGAACGGUUUUAGCUCUCAAAAAGUCCUAGAAAAGAAAAAGCACUUCCAAGGCACAUUAAAUGAGAUCCGUGUGCAUAUUUACCCUAGUCAGUUGUAGAGAAGGACAAGUAAGGGCAGCAGGCUUUAAAAAUUAAGGGUAGAAAUUGAAACAGUUCAGGUAUUCAAUUUCACAGCAUUUUGUAUUUCUUUAAAUUCAGGUUAUUAGAAUGCCUUUUUAAAGUCUGACUCAGUGGACAAAGGCUAUGUAAGUUACCAAAGGAAA